GCCUCCCCCCCUUGUGGGGGUCAUGGUGGACCAGGCUGGUGGCCCUUGGUGAUGUCAUAAGCGGCUGGAAUGAGGGGAGGAGCGGUGCGUUCCGUGUUCCUUUGUGGGUGAGCAGGAGUUCGGAGUGGUUGGUUGGCUUGUUCUUCUUGUGCGUUUAGUGCCUUUUCUUCAGAAGUUUUUGCGCAGCAGCUUGUAGCUUUUGCUCUCAGAACAUCUGAGCAAAGUGACAAGGAACUGCUGCAGAUAGUUUGAGGUGAUCUUGUUGCCAGCUGGUCACACCUGUGGUGAUGGGCGUUGCGUGCAGCAAGAUCAGCGAUGGGCCUGAGGUUGGGGUGACGGAGGCCUAUAACAUGUGGAAGCCGCAGCUGGAGCGUGCUGUAUCAUCUCUCAACGUACCAGCAAUUGCGGCGGCCCAUGUUAUUAAGAGCUACGUCGCCCAGGCGCCGGAUGAAGUCUCCCUGGAGGUGGGAGACGUGGUGUGCAUCACUGAUAUGCCACCAAAGGAGCUGAGCCCCUGGUGGAGAGGCAAGCGUGGCUUUCAGGUUGGAUCUUUCCCUAGUGAGUGCGUGGAACUCAUUAGCGGAACAGUUCCUGAGUCCCUGGUCAAUUCAUUGCGAAAGCCAGGUACACAUGUUACAUUUGAUAAUGCGAAGCCAAAGAAAUGGGGCAAGCUCCUCCCCUUCCUUCGUUCCCUGGUGAAGGCCCGGCCCCAGAGAGCGAGGCAGCCGGAGCCAGAGAAGGAAGGGGUGUUUGGGUGUGACCUGGGGGAGCACCUUCUCCGCUCUGGCCGUGAUGUCCCCCAGGUCCUCCAGAGCUGCUCUGAAUUCAUCGAGCAGAAUGGCGUAGUGCAGGGGAUAUACCGCCUGUCCGGCGUUACGUCCAAGAUCCAGCGACUACGCCAUGAAUUUGAUUCAGAGCAGCUUCCCGAGCUUAGCGUCCGUGACAUUCACAGCGUGAGCUCCGUAUGUAAGAUGUACUUCAGGGAGCUCCCGAACCCUCUCCUGACCACCCAGCUGUAUGACAAGUUCACGGACGCUGCCGGUGCUGCUACCGAGGAGGAGAGGAUGGUGAGAAUGAAGGGCGCCAUCCAGCAGCUGCCUGCUCCUCACUACAGGACACUUGAGUACCUGAUGAGGCAUUUGGCGUCUCUUGCUGGGAACUCCUCAGUCACCAACAUGGACGCUCAUAAUUUAGCAAUAGUGUGGGCUCCAAACCUCUUAAGAUCCCAGCAGAGCCAGUCAGCCUGCGCCAGUGGAGGAGCUGCCAGCUUGGAAGUUCAGACACAGACAGCUGUAGUGGAAUUCCUUAUUGGCCACACAGACGGCCUCUUCGGCUCCAAAUCCACGUCAGCCAUGGGAGAGGGAGCAGGGCCGAGUUCUGUACCUGGGUCCAGGUCUGUGUGGGAGUCUCCUCCUUGCGCAAAGCUGCUCACCCUGCAAGAGGCACAAGCUCUGAGAAGAGGCCAGAGCAGCUCUCCUGCAGUGAAACGAAGCAGUGAGAUUGAAGUGGAGGAAGAUCCCACAGAAUUUCCAGGGAGAUUCCACACAAUUAUUGAUUUUCCAUCUGAAAGACCACGCUCUUCCAGAAAGAAGAAAGAAUCACCAGCUGGCAGUUGGUGUUCCUGCCUAUGUCUGCGCAGACCAUCCCCUGCGGCAAAACACCAACUGCAGAGCAGUGACAGGGAGCCUUCCGAAGAAGAACUCGUGGUGCUGGCAGUUUUUGCAUUUGUUCUUUCUGAGAAGGCAUCAAGCUGUUCUUAUAUGCCCCAUUCCUGGUGGUAUUCAAGGCCAGGCUUGAUGGUUCCUGGGCAGUCUGAUCUAGUGAAUGACAACCCUAUCAAUGGCAAGGGGUUGGAACUAGAUGACAUUCGAGGUCCAUUCAAACCCUUCGAAUUCUAUGAUUAUUAUGUAACUCAAAAAUGA